AUGUCCAACGCGAGGAAGAGGAGCUCGGGUUCGCCCCGAGAGGAGGAGGAGGAGAAGGAGAAGGAGAACGGCACCGACGGACCAGGAGGAGGAGGAAGAGGAGGAGGAGGGGAGGAAGAGGUGAAGGAGCGCAUGUUGGCGGCGGCGGCGGCGAACGGGGAGCCGCUCACCUCCCGGCGGCGGCGGCGGCGGCCGAACGGCGGCGAGAAGGAGGACCGAGGAGGAGCGGGAGCGGGAGCGGCGGCGGCGGCGGUUGACGAUGAGGAGGACGGAGGAGGUGAAGACGAAGAAGCCGCCGAGGGCGAGCCCCGGGAGGUGGCGCUGAAGCAGACCAUCACCCUGACGAACGGGGUGGCCAUCGUGGUGGGCACCAUCAUCGGCUCGGGCAUCUUCGUGACCCCGACCGGGGUGGUGAAGGAGGCGGGCUCGGUGGGCUUCUCGCUCGUCGUCUGGUCGGUGUGCGGCGUCUUCUCGACGGUGGGCGCCCUGUGCUACGCCGAGCUCGGCACCACCAUCAGCAAGUCCGGGGGCGACUACGCCUACAUCCUGGAGGUGUACGGGCCGCUGGUGGCCUUCCUCAAGCUGUGGGUCGAGCUGCUCAUCAUCAGGCCCAGCUCCCAGUACAUCGUGGCCUACGUCUUCGCCACCUACAUGAUCAAGCCCGCCUUCCCCCACUGCCCGGUGCCCGAGCAGGCGGCCAAGCUGCUGGCCUGUCUGUGCAUCAUGUUUCUCACAGCGGUGAAUUGUUACAGCGUAAAAGCAGCGACAAGAGUACAAGACAUUUUCGCUGCAGCCAAACUGCUGGCUCUGGCUCUCAUCAUUAUUGUGGGCUUUGUGCAGAUCGGCAAAGGAGACACUCCACAUCUGGCGCCUGAGCAUGUGUUUGAUGGAACAACCAGAAACGUUGGGAAAGCUGUCUUGGCUCUCUACAGUGGCCUCUUUGCAUAUGGUGGCUGGAAUUACUUGAAUUUUGUCACUGAGGAAAUGAUCGAACCAUAUAAGAAUCUACCUCGUGCUAUCAUCAUCUCCUUGCCCAUAGUGACCAUUGUGUACGUGCUUACCAAUCUGGCAUAUUUUACAACCUUGUCUCCAGAGACCAUGCUCCAGUCUGAGGCUGUUGCUGUGGAUUUUGGUAACAUCCAUCUGGGAGUGAUGGCCUGGAUUAUACCAGUGUUUGUAGGACUCUCGUGUUUUGGAUCUGUCAAUGGAUCUCUGUUCACCUCAUCCAGGUUGUUCUUUGUUGGCUCACGAGAAGGUCACUUGCCUAGCCUCCUCUCUAUGAUACACCCGAAGCUCUAUACACCGCUGCCAUCAUUAAUAUUUACUUGUUUGAUGACUUUGCUAUACGCAUUUUCCAACGACAUCUUCUCUGUCAUCAAUUUCUUCAGCUUCUUCAACUGGUUAUGCAUUGCGCUGGCAAUUAUUGGGAUGAUGUGGCUACGUUAUAAGAAACCUGAGUUGAAACGACCCAUCAAGGUCAACAUCAUACUUCCGAUCAGCUUCGUUCUUGCCUGUGUCUUCUUGAUUGUUGUAUCCAUAUGGAUGACGCCUGUGGAAUGCAUAAUUGGAUUUGCCAUAAUCCUCUCUGGAAUUCCUGUCUAUUACAUUGGAGUCCGGUGGCAAAACAAACCCAAGUGUCUCUUGCAAAUAAUCUUUUCUGUAACCGCCUUCUGCCAGAAAAUCUUGGACGUGGUACCUCAGUCUUAAUAACAAAAGUAAAGAUCUUCAUAGAAAAACGCACAAAGGUUCAAUCAAAAGGAAGCACUGUUACACUGUCUGAAGUCAACGUUUCAUACUUAAAAACAUUUUUGUUCCAGUAAGGAAACAGAUGGGUGGGAAAGCAUCGGAUAAUUUCUUCAGUGGAAAAGGAUUUUAAUAUUACAAAGCUGGUUCUGUGUGAAGAGCCAGCAGUUAUUUUUUAGUCUGUGUGUAUGUGCUUAUGUGCAUUUGAGAUUGGUUGUGCUUUUUAAGGAUAGAACCAGGAUUUGCCACACAACUUUUUUUUAAAUUGUAGAUCAGAAAAUUAAGAUUCUGAAUUAUUCUCGUGCCUGAUAGCCCUACCUGCUGAAAGAUCCUGGGAUGCAGAUAAAACUGACAUUUAACUGACAUUAUGUUAUGGAUAUAGAGCCAGUGAUAAUACUUCUGUUACACUUCUUUCUCUUCAAUAGUACACUGGAGGAAAAUUUGGAUUGGGGUCAGCUUUGCCAGAGAGGUGAAACAAGUACUGUGUGAUCUCAGACCUUUGUUUUUCUGAUAGAAGCCGGGUUCACAAAAUCCCUGCAGUGUUCCCCCUCUGUCAAUCUGCCCUGUAGUGUUUUUAUUUUGGAUUAAUAUUUCAUAACUAAAUAUACGCUUUGCAGAAACAUACCGCCCACAUCCACUAAUUUUAUCCAUUUAUUUAUUUUAUUUAUUUUUAAAAUGCAAUUUUCACAUACCUUCAUGAGCUUGCAAUUUCUUUUUAAAAAGACUUUAAGAAUUAAGGAAUGGAUAUCACUUUGUGCAACCACCACCCCUGUCCAUAUCUCCAGCUCGCUACCUAACAUGCUGUCUGGAAAAUGUAGAGAUGAGGUCUGUUAGCCUAGUGAGAUGACAGGGAAGCUGUUCCACUCGGAAUUCAAACAAAUAAUGAGAUGUUGAGAAACAAAAAUAUAAAAUAAGGUCUUUCAAACAAAACUAGAAUAUUGUUUUUUAACAUAACAGCAGGAUAAGAGGCCAUUCAGUUCAUUAACCAUGAGCAAUUUAUGUUAUGUCAAUCUCCACCCAAUUUACACCCAUUGUCUUCUAAGUCGCAAUUCACAACAAAAUCCCACUUCCAUAUUUAAGAUAUGAAAGCUCCUGGAACAGCAACGCAAUUAAACUGCAGUGUAAUGCAUUUCUCUUGAAAAACUGAAGUAGCCGUAGUUAUAAGAUGUUGUUAUAUUUAUUGACAUCUUGAAAAUCGAGCUCUGCAGAAUUGCAAAGAAAAGGAGAACUGCACUCAUCUGUUCCAGUCAUACUAUUCAUAUUCAUAAAGUGGCAACAGCAAAUGCAUUUAUUGGGCCGAAAUAGUGAAGAAUUCCAAUUGCUAAGUUUAAGGAUCAGUUCUCCUUGAGGUAGGGUUUUUAAUACAAUUCUGUUACAUGAAUCCCAAAUUAUUAAUUUGAUGUCAAUUUGGGCUUAAAUAAGCUUUGAAAAAUAGCUUUGAAAAUCAGAAACUUUUUAUUGAAUAAUUUGCGUAAAGUUGGGUGGCAUUGUUCCAUAAUGUGAUGCAAGAUGACUUGGUCUCAUGGUAUUUUGGUAACUGUUUCCAAUAUCUUUUAAUUCUGUGCUGUCAUAAAGGGACCUAAUAUCUGAUCGCAUCUUAUUCGUGCUUGUUCCUGUUGUCAAUGGUGUAUGCUUGUAAUGUAAGACCAAUUGCAGAUGUUUAACAAUAGGAUGUAUCAGUGGAUAUCCAGUCAAUCAUCAAAUAGAACAGAACACAUCUUUUGUACAUGUGAAUGUGAGUGUUUGUGUACAAACAGUAACAACUUUACACUGUUUGCAAUUGUGAAUUUGAAUUGCCUCCAUUAUCUGAUUUUGGCAACUUUUUCCUGGAUGUAGGCAAGGGAGAGGGGGUUGACUACUACUUAAAGUUUCCACUCACUGCCCUCAAUCACUUCCCCUGAUCCUAGGUAAAUUGCUGAUAGUGUGAAUUUGACCAAGUAAAAACUUGACAAAUUCCAUAAAACAGAAAGUAGGUUUCAUAAAAUACUUAAAACAAUUAGGCAUCCAGACAUGUAAGGUGUAUAUUGGGAGGAAGGUGGGUAGAGAAAUUACACGUGAUGUUGCACUCGGAAAACUAAAAUUCUGCCUUAUGUGACGGACUGCAUCCUGAGUCAUAGCUCCAAAAGACACGUGGAACAAUUGCAAAUCUGUACUGGAAACUGUAUCUCUUCUAUUUGAGUGUUCCGUUAAAUAGUAUUGCAGUUGUAUUAAAGGCUUAUGGUCGUGCUUUCCCAGCUGUUCUAUGUCGAAGUAUUGGUAAUUAUAAAGGAGACUUCCUGUUGUUGUGCUCGGUCUUAACUGGGUUUGUGGUAAUUUUGCUAAAGAUUUAAAUGUAUGUAUCGUUAUCUUAAUAACUUAGUGGAAAGUUUAGUCUUCCCCUAGUUAUUCUUGUUUAAAUAUUAGUUUUUAAUGAGAUGAUCAACAGUUUGUAAAGUAAACCUCCAGUUUACUCUGUGCAUUGAAGUGCUUUAUGACAUUGGGUGACAGUUACAACGGACCAUGUUUUGUUAUCACCUAAUUUGUGUUUGGUAUCUCUUCAAGAAGAAUUGGAUGUUGUUCAUCAAUUUCUAAGUCAUUUGUGCGAGUUUUAGUAUGUAGCGUGAUGUUCAUUUAUUUUUUUCUUUAAAAAAAUGCUGCUUAGCAUGUGAUGACUACUGCUGAUUGCUGGGAUUUGCAAACCAAAACAUGUUUUGUCAACCUAUAAUCUAAUAGUAAUCUAUAGAUACUUCACAGCACCCCUGCACAAGUUAUUUUAGCUUCACAUUAUGUCUACUUUUUGGGAUGGCUCGUGAAAUGGAAAUCAUCUUAACAUAUACUGCUCUAAUUAAAAACAAAUACAUGCCAUUAAUAGGCCACAGAAAUCACUGGAGGCACUCCAGUCAAACUUAAACUAAAAAGAACGAAAACCUUUCUAUACCCACAAGUUGCAUCGAACAGAAUUCAUUUCAAGAUCCGAGAGCAAACAUAGUCUUGUGGAAGAAUGCUGAGCCUGAAUUGUUAUGAGUGGAGUGGUUUCCUCACUCCCAGUUUGGCCAAGCAAUUUGUGUUUCUGAACACAAGCACCAUCUGGUGCAUACAAAGAUAUUCAUGUGGCAAAGUUUUUCUGUUGCAUCAGCAGAAACAGGAGGAAGUAUUGUGUUCUAUCACAUUUGUUUCUUUGGACUUACAAAACUACCGCUGUUUUUUUGUGUUAUCAACAGAAAAAAUUGUAUGUUUUAGUAUGUCCAGUUCCUUUAGAGAAAAUAAGAAGGAAACACUGUGCUCAUUUGUAAGGUGACACUUUUUUUAUUGUUCUUCAUUCGGUCACAGAAGUGCUCCUAAAAAUGGUGAACACAUACCGCUUGGCAGGAAUCAAAAUUCUUUUAAGUGGCUGACAAAUAAAGACUUGCAGGUCUUUUUGCACCAGUAACUCGAAUGAACAGUUAGUUUAUUAAAAUGCAGCACCAUGUUUAUACGGUCACAGUGCCCUUUGAGGUUUCCAGAUCAGUGCAGCACAUUGUCAAAUCUGAACAAGUUUACCAUUGACAGUACAGUGCAGACAUUGUGAGAGAAGAACCUAUUCCUCUAGACCUUUGAACAUCAGUAGUUUACAGAAUCUGUCUCGGGUAGAUCCAGGGCGAAACCAGAAAUGUGUUCUACCUAUGAACGGUGGCAUAAAGCAUGAACAAGCACAUAAAUUACACGUGCAACCUGAAGGAACAAAAAAAAUACUUGCAAGUUUGGCUUCAUUCAUAGAGCCUGGAGCAAUAAUGGUUCCUGUUGACUGAGUUGUUGAGUCACAUUGACAAGCUGUUGGUGCCUGAAAUUUUCCUCCACACUUGCCCUCCAAGACCAUUUUGUUUUAAUAAAGUUUAAGAUUGUGCAGGAGAAUUGUGGACAAUUCUUAAUUUUUAAUUAACAAUUCUUAAUCCUUUAAAAAGAACCGACUUCCAUAUGAAAACUGAAUUGAAAUAUUUUAAAUUAGGAUUGAAUUUUAAGAAUUUUCCACAAUUCUGCAGAAUUUCACAUUUUACAGCAAAGUGGCCUGUCUUACAGGCUAAGACUUUGGGUGGAAUUCAGGCCUCUGUCAAAGACUGCUGAGCAAGAUUGGUGAUAUGUUUUAAUCAACGGGUUCAAUGGGCAAGCAAGUCCGAAAGAUAAUAAGUUUUUUAAAAAAAGGCAUUGUAACAUGAUUAAGAAACACUAAUUAAAGAUUUUUUAUUUCAAAGAUAGUGAUCUUUCACCAUUUUUAGUGAAAAAUGUUUUGAUAGAGUUUGAGAAACUAACUUAGUAUUUCUUAUCAUCUACAUUGAUUUAUUUUUGUGCACUAUUUAGUUCAAGAUGUUUUUCCCUUUCUUUAGUCUCUUUUAUGUUGUAAAAUUGCGUGUUUUUUUCUUAUGUUUUUGAAAAGUUUAUGUAAUCUGACCUGUGUUUAAAAUGCUGUGCUGCCACCGUUAAUACAUGUGUUGUAAAUAAUUAUGAGUUAAGUAUUCUAACACCAUAGUGUUUAAUGGCAUGUAGUGAUAUACUUUUUACACAAUGCAUGCUGCAUACACUAUUAUUACCGUGUAAUACCCCCAAAAUUUGGGGAUUAAGCUGCUCCUUUUGCACUUAUUUUACAGGGUUUAAUUGAAAGGGUUGCUAAAAUGUAUCUCUCUCUCCCCCCCCCCCCCCCAAAAAAAAAAAAAUCUCUGAUGGGUAUUGAGUAGAUUCUCCAAAUCCAUAAAAAUAACUCUUUCCAGUGCCCCAUGGAUCUGAAGAAACUGGAUGUGCAAAGGUGAUAAAUUGGAUGGGAAUAGAGAAAUUAUAACUCAAUUUUAUUGUACCCCUUUUUGUAUUUUCUGGACCUUGCAAAGCACCUUUGUUAUGGCACAUAUUAAGAUACCUUUCUUACUCCCCCCUCCCCCCCCCCAUCUUUUUUCUUAAUGUACUUUUUCAGUGAAUUAACCACCUCAAUACUGCAGUGUUUCACAUCUUUCAUUAAUCUCUCCCUUUUGGAAGAAAAGCGUUUUAUUAUUGAUUAUUUCCAAAGGUCUGUUAAUAUGUAACUGAGUCGUUGUCGAAUUAUAAAACAAUGCUUCUGUGUUUUCUGAUGACUUCAAACACCUUUGAUUUGAUUCGGUUUGAUUUUAGUUAUUUCACCACUGUUCUGAAAAUCACUAUUUCAGAAGAAAACUUCAAUUCUGCCUGUGUCGUACUCCAAUGUUUUGUCAAACUACUAUAAAAAUAACUCCCGAGUUCUAGAGAAUGCUUUUUAAAAAUAUAUGUAUAUGGUUGACCUGCUUUCUUCUAUGUAGAUUUUUAUUUCCUGUGUUUUAAAAAAAAGUUCAAUAAAACUACUGAUAGGA